GUUAAAGUUUUGGUGAAACCAGUGGUCGACUAACGAGUGUUGAGAUCGCUAUUGAGAUCACAAUUGAGUUGAUGUUGAAAGCGAUUGAACGACUCGUUUGAGGCAUAGAUGCUAUAAAUGAGCAAAAAUGAUAACUUAUUUUAAUAUUUGAUUCAUUGAUUCCUAUUCAACACAAUACGAGUUUACAGUAAUAUUUCAUUUAUAGACCAUUAGUUAAAUUGUCUCAGUCAAUGAUAUACUGUAUUGAUUGACAGCAAAGCAAAGGAUACGGUAUAUUGUUUGCCAUUGCGAACCACUUUAAGGCCCACAAUAUCUAUAACUGAAGACUAACUAUAAGUUUUGAGCCGAAAUGGAAACGGAAACAAAGGGUGAAUCCAAAGACGACCCAAUAUCUGACGGCACAUCACUUCUGGUCAAUCAGAGCGGAACUGGUGUUCAGAAGCGACAGAAGAAGUCGACGGCUCCUGUCCUUCAGCGCAUUCGGCCCAUCAGUAAACGAAAAAAAUUCAAGAAGUCUUUGGGUCCAGACUUCUUAGAGCCGGCGGAACUGGGAAUGCAAUACUUGCGCGACACUUAUGAACCAAAGUGUGAUAUCUGUUCGCUCACAAUGUUCUCGUCCUCCACUUCACUCAAUGUCUUCGAAGAGCUCCUUCACUGCAAUAAUUGUGAUGCAAAAGCACAUCCGAGUUGUGUGAAUGUGAAUGAGAAUGAAGAGGUGGCCCAUAAGACUCAAUGGCAGUGCCAUAAUUGCAAACUUUGUUCCGUUUGUCGCAAAACAGAUACCAAUGAAUACGUUAUUAUAUGCCUGACAUGUAGUAAAGGAUUUCACGUGAAGUGUCACUCGACGCCUAUCAUUAACAGACCUAAAGGGAACUGGUAUUGUCAUAGUUGUUGCACCAAAGGGUCGACUCAUUCCUCUCAUCACACCAAUGGAGUGGAUAAGAAGCCACUGAUGUAUGCCUCCGACGACUCCUCACAAUCAGAAGACAAUGAGAGUUCGCUCUCAACCAGAGACGAGAAGAACUUUAAAUUAAUGGUUGAAAAUGAUUCCAAUAAUUGUGAAGCCAUUGAAAAGGAAAAGAGUAUUUCUGGAGAUUCUUCGGGUUCUAUAAAAGAUGAACAAAACAAUAGAGAAUCCAAUGAAGACAUCGAAGACAAUCACAACGAUUCUGUUUCUGAGAACAUGGAGAUAACGAAUGGAAUCCAUUCUAUCAAAGAGAAUAUCGAUGAAGAAGCAAAUGAAAUGGACAUCGAUUUCAAAGCUAAUGUCCAAAGUGGUGACUCUAAUCAAAGCCUCAUCACAAGUGUGAGUCCGCAGAAGUGGUCAGUCGAAGAGGUGGAGUCAUUCAUAAGAGACGCGGGCUUUCCUUCGGAGUCACUAAUAUUCAAAGAGCAAGAAAUCGAUGGAAGAUCUCUAUUGCUGUUAAGACGAAUGGAUGUGUUGACUGGUCUGUCGUUAAAAUUAGGUCCCGCUCUCAAGAUAUACAAUCAUAUAUCACGUCUUCAGGGCCGAGACCCCACUCAGCAAACAACCAAUAAUUCAAAUAACUGUUAAUUUAUAUACAAAACCCAUUUUUAGAGACAAUUGUUGGCUUUAAUCAAAUUCUCAUUGA